AUGAAGUACACCUCCCAAGUUUUGCUUGGCGUUGCGCCUCUUGCAGCGGCCUUCCCUGCCAGUGUGAUACAAGCAGUCAAGAACAAUCCUCAGCUCAAAGCUCGAGCGGAUCACAUCCUCCAAGAGCGACAAGGAAGCGCCAGCGCGGCGACACUCAUCUUCGAACCAGCGCCUCUGUUCGAUGCUGAGCAGCAAUAUAUCGACAUCGGCCCUGGCAGUGGACACGAAUACGUGGCACCAGGUCCAAAUGACCUUCGAGGCCCUUGUCCGGGUUUGAACGCCUUCGCCAACCACGGUUUCCUUCCGCACAACGGCUAUGCAACCAUCACGCAAUUCAUCGAUGCCACGACACAAGUCGUUGGUAUGGGUGUUGAUCUUGCGGGCUUCCUCGCUGUCUUUGGUGCUGUCAUCGACGGUGACGGUACCGCUUGGUCGAUCGGAGGGACACCUGGACCAGGUGUUGGCGGACCACUAGCAGGCCAAGGCAAUGGUAUCUCUGGUUCGCACAACAAGUAUGAGAGCGAUGCAUCGCCAUGCCGUCCUGAUCUCUACGAGACCGGCAACGACUACGAAGCCGUCGCUUCGCAAUUCGAACAACUCAUCAACAUGUCGCCCAAUGGCGAAGUCACGCUCGAGAGCCUUACUGCCUUCCGAUCCGUGCGGUUCGACACGCAGAUCAAGAACAACCCCUACUUCUUUAACGGACCUUUCACUGGUGUUCAGGUUCAACCUGCUGCCUACACCUUCAUCUACCGCUUCAUGGCCAACCACUCAGAGGACCAUCCGUAUGGCUACCUGAGCUACAGCACUGUUGCAACGUGGUUCGGCAUGACUGGCCAGCCCGGCUCGUACGUUGCACAGCAGGGACAAGAGAAGAUCCCAGACAACUGGUACAAGCGCGCGAACGCCUAUCCUUACACCAUUCCCUACUUCGAGGCAGAUCUUCUCAACGCAGCAGCGCUCUAUCCAAAGUUCCUCAACAUCGGCGGCAAUCUCGGAAAGAAAGACUCAUUCGCCGGCAUCAACGCCGCAAACCUCACCGGCGGCGUGAUCAACUCCGGCGACUUGGCCAAGGGUAAUAAUGCGGCCUGCUUCGCCUUCCAAUUUGCUGCCCAGGUCAAGCCCGACUUGGCACUGAACUUGUUGACUACUUUGACGAAUGCUAUUGGCAAGGUCACCAGCCAGCUUGCUUGCCCGCAGUUGCAAGCUAUUGAUGACAGCCAGUUGAUGCAGUUCCCGGGGUAUAAGAGGAGUACGCAGGAGGGUAUUACGAAAUAA